AUGAAAUGGAUGCACAUCAUAACGGAUUACAAACUUAGUGCAGCUAAUAAGACAAUUCCAAAAUCAGAUUUUCCGCAUUUACUUAAAUUAGUGACAGACUUAUUAUUAGAAUCAGAAAAAGAUAAUUUAAUAAGCGGUUUCGAAAAGGCAGGAACUUACCCUCUAAACCGAAUGAAAAUAUUGGAGCGAAUACCAUCAAAUGAUAAUAUCGAUCCCUGUGUCCAGACAAAUGUUAGUGCCGCUGUCAUCGAACUACUUGAAGAAAGAAGAUUUUCCGGUCCAGCAGAACAAACUACAAGGGAAAAAAAGCUUAACAUAACAACAGGAAAGAGCAUUUCAAUCCCAAAUUGCCAAAACGAACCAGUUGCAGGACCUAGUGGUGUUAAACAAAACAUUUUAAACCGCAACAAAAAACUAGAACAAUAA